UUGUUGUGGAUGCGAGGAAAUGAACAAUGUAGCCCCGUGCGCUGAUGCUGAUCCACGCAGAUCUACAGUACACCUCCAUCUGCACUGACCUGGAGGACAGUCUCCGUCUGCAAACCUCUGGACAGCAGGAUCCGGACACCAGUGCGCGGUUUCCAGCCCUGAACUUCACGGGUGAAAUGCACUGAGCCAUGCAGACAGAAGGACGAACAGAAAAGCAGAAUCUGCAGCGAAUCAUUUCUGAUGGCCUCUGUUGAGCGAUCGGUCGGUCCAUGUUUCUGACUCCCGCUGAUGGACCGCAGGAUUUGGGGGCGAUGCUGGAGCUUCGGGGCCUGUUCUCUGGCUGGUCUGGCCCCUGCUGAAGCUCCCGGCGUGGCCCUGGAGCGCAGCGGGUGAGCGGGUGCGGGACGGCCUCAUGCAGGCGCGCAAGAAGUACGUGCUUCUUGGCCUGUGCACGUGCUGCUGGAUCCUGCUGUAUUACUGGGCCGGCCUGCAGGAGCGCCUCCUAGGGCUCAUCACACACAGAAGAGGAGAGGUGUCGCGGCCCUGGCCUGAUUGGCUGGAUCGGGCUUUACUCCCAAAUUUUGCAGAGCAUUUGGAUCUCCAGUAUGGCGGCGGCCCGGGCGACUCUCCUCGGCAGCGGAAACAGGCAUGGAGCGGCAUCUACAAGGACAGUCGCUGCCGGAUGGACACGUGUUUUGACUUCGGACGAUGCCAAACUCAAAGUGGCUUCCGUGUCUACGUCUACCCACCUGAAAAGGGUGAACGUGUGUCAGAGAGCUACCGUAAAAUUCUCACUUCAGUCUCCGAGUCCAGAUAUUACACCUCGGACCCUCGGGAAGCGUGUUUGUUUGUGUUGGGAAUCGAUACGUUGGAUAGGGAUCAGCUUUCGACGCAAUUUGUGCCCAACGUUGAUGAGCGGAUUCGUGGAUACCCGCUUUGGAACGACGGGCGAAAUCAUGUCAUCUUCAAUCUAUAUUCCGGCACUUGGCCAAAUUACACUGAGGAUUUGGGUUUUAACGUUGGUCAGGCUAUUUUAGCUAAAGCUAGUCUGAAUACUGAACAUUUCCGACCGGGUUUUGAUAUUUCCAUCCCGCUGUUCUCCAAGGAGCACCCGCAGAAGGGCGGGAAAAGAGGAUGGCUGGUACGCAACUCUGUUCCUCCGAGAAGGAAAUAUUUGUUGAUGUUUAAAGGCAAACGCUAUUUGACGGGAAUCGGCUCGGAUACGCGCAACGCUCUGCAUCACAUACAUAAUGGCAAGGACAUCGUUUCUUUAACAACGUGUCGCCAUGGAAAAGACUGGGAGAAACACAAAGAUGCUCGCUGUGACCAUGACAACCAGGAGUACGAGAGGUUUGAUUAUCAGGAGCUUCUCCACAACUCCACCUUCUGUCUGGUUCCCCGUGGCCGGCGUUUAGGAUCCUUCCGGUUCCUGGAGUCUCUGCAGGCCGCCUGUAUUCCGGUGUUACUUAGCAACGGAUGGGAGCUUCCCUUCUCUGAUGUCAUCCAGUGGAAUCAGGCCGUUGUUGAGGGCGACGAGCGGCUGCUGCUGCAGGUGCCGUCGACGGUGCGAGCGGUGGGAAUGGACAGAGUUCUGGCCCUCAGACAGCAAACACAGACGCUCUGGGACGCUUAUUUCUCCUCCGUGGACAAGAUCGUCCUCACCACGCUGGAGAUCAUCAAGGACAGAGUGUACACACACAUCUCCAGAAAUAAGCUGAUGUGGAAUGCCUUACCUGGAGGACUGCUGGUGCUGCCCGAGUUCUCCACACACCUGGCGCAUUACCCCUUCUACUACCUGCACCUGGGGAUCAGUCCAGGUCAGGAGUUUACCGCGGUGAUUCACGCCACCUCACCGCUGGUCUCUCAGUCUCAGCCAAUCAUGAAGCUGCUUCAGGUCGUCUCCAAAUCGAAAUACUGCUCACAGAUCAUCAUCUUGUGGAACAGUGAGAAGUCGCCCCCACAGAGGAGUAAAUGGCCACCGAUGCCAGUGCCGCUCACCGUCACAGAUGGCAGGAGGAAAACGAGCAGUCGUUUUCUGCCACACGCCGCCAUCGAGACGGAGGCCGUUCUGAGUCUGGAUGAAGACACGGUGCUGCUGACCAGCGAGAUCAAUUUUGCUUUCCACGUGUGGCGGAGUUUCCCUGACAGGAUUGUUGGCUAUCCUCCCAGGAGCCAUUUCUGGGACCCUGUAAAAAAGGCCUGGGGCUACACCUCUAAAUGGACCAACGAGUACUCCAUCGUCCUCACUGGAGCCGCCUUUUAUCACAGGUACUACCAUCACCUGUUCUCGCACUACCUGCCCUCGUCUCUGCGUGCUCUGGUGGAUCACUCCUCCAACUGUGAGGACAUCCUGAUGAACUUUCUAGUGUCUUCUGUGACGCAUCUGCCGCCUGUUAAAGUGGCACAGAGGAAGCAGUACAAGGAGAUGCCCAGCCUACAGGGCACUAAGAUGGCGCCGUGGGCGAACCCUGAGCACUUUACGCAGAGGCAGGAGUGUGUGAACACCUUCUCCAGCUGGUUCGGCUACAUGCCCCUGGAGCACUCGCAGUUUCGGCUGGAUCCGGUGCUCUUCAAGGACCACGUGUCCGUCCUGCGCAAACGCUACAAAGACCUGGAGCGAGUCUGAGUGGUCAAUAUACGGAUGGAUGAGAAACACUGCAGAUCUGUCAAUCACUCAGACCUGUCAAUCAUUCAGACCUGUCAAUCAUUCCAGCUGCUGAUGAACUGGAGGACGGUGCUGUGGACUAACACACACGACAUGAAGCGGUUAUUACAUGAUGACCAAUAAAAUAACUACAAAAUGCAA